CCGCAACGCAGCCGCGGGCCCGGGGCCUGCUUGACCUCCGACCUCUGGCCCGCCGCCCCGUCCCCUGUUCCCAGCAAGUGCCUUCUGCCCGUUUAAUCCCCCGAAGCCUCCGUUUCCACGUGUUCUUGACAAGAUAGACUUCUGAGUCUUUUGGGGACUAAAUGAAACAGCGGGCAUGAAGGACCUGUUCAGCUUUAACUCAUAUUGAGUCGUUUUCCUGCUUGAAUAAGUCUUUGGGCUGAAGAAGAUGAAGAGCAGCCUGAAGCUGGUGGACUGUAUCAUCGAGGUCCAUGAUGCCCGAAUCCCACUUUCAGGCCGCAACCCUCUGUUUCAGGAAACCCUUGGGCUUAAGCCUCACUUGCUGGUCCUCAACAAGAUGGACUUGGCGGAUCUUACAGAGCAGCAGAAAAUUAUGCAACGCUUAGAAGGAGAAGGCCUAAAAAAUGUCAUUUUUACCGACUGUUUAAAGGAUGAAAAUGUCAAGCAGAUCAUCCCGAUGGUCACUGAGCUGAUGGGGAGCAGCCCCCGCUACCACCGAGGAGAGAACCUGGAGUACUGCAUCAUGGUCAUCGGGGUCCCCAACGUGGGCAAGUCCUCCCUGAUCAACUCCCUCCGGAGGCAGCACCUCAGGAAAGGAAAAGCCGCCAGGGUGGGUGGCGAGCCUGGAAUCACCAGAGCUGUGAUGUCCAGAAUUCAGGUCUCUGAGCGGCCCCUGAUGUUCCUGUUAGACACUCCUGGAGUGCUGGCUCCUCGGAUUGAAAGUGUGGAGACAGGCCUGAAGCUGGCCCUGUGUGGAACGGUGCUGGACCACCUGGUCGGGGAGGAGACCAUGGCUGACUACCUGCUGUUCACCCUCAACAGACACCAGCGCUUUGGGUACGUGCAGCACUACGGCCUGGAGAGUGCCUGUGACAGCAUAGAGCGUGUGCUGAAGAGUGUGGCUGUGAAGCUGGGGAAGACACAGAAGGUGAAGGUGCUCACGGGCACGGGUGACGUGAACGUUAUUCAGCCUGACUAUCCUGCGGCAGCCCGUGACUUCCUCCAUACCUUCCGCCGCGGGCUGCUGGGCCCCGUGAUGCUGGACCUCGACAUCCUGCGUGGCCACCCCCCGGCCGAGACUGUGCCCUGAACUUGUCCGCGUGGGGAGGGCCACGAGUGGCCUCCCAGACCUCCUGACCUGGGUGGUUGAGGCUCAAGACAGCUCACCUGGUCCAGGAGCUCCACGCUGGCCACUAGGGUGCUGUGCUCUCUGGUGCCCCCACGGCCUGGCUAGUUCCAGGGGCCCCAGUUCCAGGGGCCAAGCAGGUGGGAGUGGACACCAGGCUUCCCAGGUGACGUCCCUGAGCAGCUCCGCAUGCUUGGUUCUCCCGGAGCUUCCUGCUCAGGCCUCUUGAGAAAUGGAUGCUGUCUCAGAAGGAGUUAAAGCUAUAACCUGUAACCUUUAAAAUCUCCAAUUAAAGGGCCUGUUUCUUACUGGCCUGUGAGGUGUACCGUAGUGCCUUGGGCCUGUGUAUUAGAGCUGCUCUCACCAGUGGAACCUAAGAAAGGAGCAGGUUGGCAACGAGGGCUUGGUUGGGGGCUUUUGGUCCCGUGUCCUGCAGUCCCACAGCAAGUAAGAGGCUGGCUGCC